AUGGCCGAAAUAUCACUUUAUCUCACCAAUGUCAACGUGUCUUUGGGGCAAACGAUGGACGUAGAGAAGGUAAGCUCGGCAAGUCAUGAUUAUGAAAAGUGUUUUUUUAUUAUCAGUGCUUUAUAAUGAGUGUUUUCAGACCAGCUAAUACAAUUCAGUGGAUCUAGCUAUGUUUUCGUCGCUGUCAUCGUCUCAUGAUGAUGCUUAAAUUAUUAACCGAAUUCAGAUGUAGGCUAUGCUACCGGUAUCUCAAAUUCUGACAUUAUUGAUGCACAUAGAAUAGGGUUUACUUCCUUGAUAAAGUAGUGUGUUUUAUGAUGAUCUACAUUUCUAUAAGCAGCCUGUCACCAACACGCACUGUUCACUGUGCGUUGUGUGCGUGCGGCUGUGCGAGCGUGCAUGUGUGUACAUUCCUAUUGUUUUUCUUUAUUAUAUCCCUGCCUAUAUGUUGCUGUGAAUCCUCUCUUCUGUGGGUAUCUCUUGGUCUGUAGUGACACUAUAUCUGUCUGUCUGUCCCAGAGCCCAAGCACAGGGAAGGACUUUGAGAGUGUGGAGCUGGGAGACCUGGAGAAGAGAGAAGAGAAAGCCCCACGGAGGAUAAUCCAUUUCUCUAAUGGAGAGACCAUGGAGGAAUACAGUACAGACGAGGAGGAGGAGGACAAGGAACCAGAGAAGAAGGACCUACUGUCCCCCCCUGUCGACGCGUUGAAGGUGUGUGUGUGUGUGUGUGUGUGUGUGUGUGUGUGUGUGUGUGUGUGUGUGUGUGUGUGUGUGUGUGUGUGUGUGUGUGUCUAGUUCCUAGAAUAUGUGUUCCAAAACCUGGUAAUAACCCAUGUGUUUGUGUGUGUCAGACCAAGCUGACCUGGGGCCCGUACUUCUGGUUCCACAUGUGGAGAGCUGCUACAUCUACUGUCUCAGGUGGGUGCCUGAAAUGAGACAAUAUGGAUUAUCAACCUCUAGGAUUGAUAGCCUUCUCCUGCCAUACAUAACCUUGAUACCACCUUGAAUACUGUGGCUAAGAUAGCGCCGACGGAUGGCGUUUUGUCUCGAGCUCCUACAAAACAUUGCAGGUUUCUUCUUUUUCUAGUGUUCUUUUCUAGUGUUUUUCUCUAAUUUUCUUACUCAGUUUGUUUUGUGCAUUAGUAGUCCCGUGUAGCUCAGUUGGUAGAGCAUGGCGUUUGCAACGCCAGGGUUGUGGGUUCGUUUCCCACGGGGGGCCAGUAUGAAACAAAACAAAAAAUAAUAAUAAGAACUCACUAACUGUAAGUCGCUCUGGAUAAGAGCAUCUGCUAAAUGACUAAAAUAUAAAAAUGUAAAAAUUACUUCAUACCCUCGGUCAGAACUAUUGGAAUAUGAAUCGCUGGGUACUCACCGUCCACCCGACCUUCCCAAAUUCCUAGAGACUGCAGAACAAUGGGCUAGCCUCUUCGGUGAGACCUCGGCUGCCUGGGAGUGCUAGUGAAGAGAAGGAGAAGGAGACGCCACUCCAUUCCAUCAUCAUGAAGUGCUUCGAGAGGCUAGUCAAAGACCACAUCACCUCUUCCCUCACUGACACACUCAACCCUCUCCAAUUCGCCUACCGCCCUGACAGAUUCACGGACGACGGAAUCGCUAUUGCACUGCACGCUGCCCUCAACCACCUGGACAAAAGGAAUGUAUAUGUGAGGAUGCUAUUUAUCGACUACAGCUCGGCCUUCAAUACCAUAGUGCCCUCUAAGCUUACCACAACGCUCAAGGCCCUGGGACUGAACUCCUCCCUAUGCAACUGGGUCCUGGACUUCCUGACGGGCCGCCCCCAGGUGGUGAAGGUAGGCAACAUUACCUCUUCGACAAGGGUGCAUCCUUAGUCCCCUCCUGUACUCCUUGUAUACCCAUGACUGUGUGGCCUCACACAGUUCGAACUCUGUGGAGACGGUCAAAAACAAAAAGUUCCUCGGCAUACACAUCUCCGAAGAGCUGAAAUGGUCAAACCACACAGGAAAGAAGGCACGGCAGCGACUCUUCAAAUCAAAUCACAUUUAUUUUGCCAUAUGCGCCGAAUACAACAGGUGUAGACCUUACAGUGAAAUGCUUACUUACAAGCCCUUAACCAACAAUGCAGUUGAAAUAAAAAUAAGUGUUAAGUAAAAAAUAGAUAAGUAAAAAAUUCAAAUAAAAAAUAAUUAAAGAGCAGUAGUAAAAUAAAAUAACAGUAGGGAGGCUAUAUACAGGGGGUACCGGUACAGAGUCAAUGUGCGGGGGCACAGGUUAGUCGAGGUAAUUGAGGUAAUAUGUACAUGUGGGUAGCGUUAAAAUGACUAUGCAUAGAUAAUAAACAGUGAGUAGCAGCAGCAUAAAAAAAGAGGGGGUGGGGUGGACAAUGCAAAUAGUCCGGGUAGCCAUGAUUAGCUGUUCAGGAGUCUUAUGGCUUGGGGGUAGAAGCUGUUAAGAAGCCUUUUGGACCUAGACUUGACGCUCCGGUACCGCUUGCUGUGCGGUAGCAGAGAUAACAGUCUAUGACUAGGGUGGCUGGAGUCUUUGACAAUUUUUAGGGCCUUCCUCUGACACCGCCUGGUAUAGAGGUGCUGGAUGGCAGGAAGCUUGGCCCCAGCUUGGCCCCAGGAUGCUGUAGAAAUUAUUCCUGUUCCCGAGGGCCCUCACAGUGUUUUAGACGAGCACCAUCGAGAGCACGCUGUCGGCCUGCAUCACAGCCUGCAAUGGCAACUCCACCACCACAGACCACAAAGCGCUACACCCAAUCAGCACCAUUGGGUGCACACUGCCUGCCCUCCAGGACAGCUACAACACCAGGUGUCGCAGGAAGGCCAAGAAGAUCAUCAGGGACCCCAGCCACUCGAGCCAUGGCCUGUUCUCCCCGUUUCCAUCACUCAGACGUGGGCAGCAUAGGAGCAUCAUGGCAACAACUUUAAGAAUGGCCAAUAACUUCUACCCCCAGACAAUCAUGCUGCUGAAUAGCUAUCACUAGUCAGCUACCUGCUAUUGUUGUAUUUCACUUUAUCCUGCAUUGUUGUAGUUCAGAGCUCAAUAAUUUCACUGUACCCUGUAUUUACAUCUGCAACCCUGUACAUGUGACUAUUAAACUCUCUAAUCUAAUACUGUGCUAUUGGUGAAACUCCAAAACGUAUCUUUCAGCUUGUGACUAUCUUGGGGAGAGGAUGGCCUCACUCUUUGGAAUCACGUCGGCCAAGUACCAGUACGCCAUCGACGAGUAUUACAGGAUUAGGAAAGAGGUAUGUUCACAACAAACAAAUGAGUCAUCACUAAGAGGACUUACAUCUUGAAACGGAUGCCUAAAGGGCAUGACAUAAAAAAGGUAAUAGAAGUGCAUAAAUGCUUUGCAUGUGUAUGUGUCUAUGAGAGUAUAAAAGUAGAAGUAGAAGAAGAAGAAGAAGAAGAUUGUUUCUAUGAACACUCCAAUAACUCCCUAUACGAGUAUUACAGGAUCAGGAAUGAGGUAGGCCUAUAUAUACUGAACACAAAUAUAAACGCAACAUGUAAAGUGUUGCUUUCAUGAGCUGAAAUAAAAGAUCCCAGAAAAUGUCCAUACACACAAAAAGCUUAUUUCUCUCACAUUUUGUGCACAAAUUUGUGAGUAUUUCUCCUUUGCCAAGAUAAGCCAUCCACCUGACAUGUGUGGCAUAUCAAGAAGCUGAUUAAACAGCAUGAUCAUUGCACAGGUGCACCUUGUGCUGGGGACAAUAAAAGGCCACUCUAAAAUGUGCCGUUUUUUCACGACACAAUGCCACAGAUGUCUCAAGUUUUGAGGGAGCGUGCAGCUGGCAUGCUGACUGCAGGAAUGUCCACCAGAGCUGUUGCCAGAUAAUUUAAUGUUAAUUUCUCUACCAUAAGCUGCCUUCAACGUCGUUUUAGAGAAUUUGGCAGUAUAUCCAACUGGCCUUACAACCGCAGACCACGUGUAACCACGCCAGCCCAGGACCUCCACAUCCGGCUUCUUCAUCUGCGGAAUCGUCUGAGACAAACUGUCAGAAACCGUCUCAAGGAAGCUCAUCUGUGUGCUUGUCGUCCUCACCGGGGUCUUGACCAUAACUAAUUUCAGUGGGCAAAUGCUCAACUUCGAUGGCCACUGGAGAAGUGUGCUCUUCAUGGAUGAAUCACGGUUUCAACUGUACCGGGCAGAUGGCAGACAGCGUGUAUGGUGUUGUGUGGGCGAGCGGUUUGCUGAUGUCAACAUUGUGAACAGAGUGCCCCAUGGUGCUGGUGGGGUUAUGGUAUGGGCAGGCAUAAGCUACGGACAACGAACACAAUUGCAUUUUAUCGAUGGCAAUUUGAAUGCACAGAGAUACCGUGAUGAGAUCCUGAGGCCCAUUGUCGUGCCAUUCAUCCGCCGCCAUCACCUCAUGUUUCAGCAAGAUAAUGCACUGCCUCGUGUCACAAGGAUCUGUACACAAUUCCUGGAAGCUGAAAAUGUCCCAGUUCUUCCAUGGCCUGCAUACUCACCAGACAUGUCACCCAUUGAGCAUGUUUGGGAUGCUCUGGAUCGACGUGUAUGACAGCGUGUUCCAGUUCCCACCAAUAUCCAGCAACUUCGCACAGCCAUUGAAGAGGAGUGGGACAACAUUCCACAGUCCACAAUCAACAGCCUGAUCAACUCUAUGCGAAGGAGAUGUGUCGCACUGCAUGAGGCAAAUGGUGGUCACACCAGAUACUGAUUGGUUUUCUGAUCCACACCCCUACCUUUUUUAAAAGAUAUCUUUGACCAACAGAUGCAAAUCUGUAUUCCCAGUCAUGUGAAAUCCAUAGAUUAGGGCCUAAUGAAUUCAUUUCAAUAGACUGAUUUCCUUAUAUGAACUGUAACUCAAUAAAAUCUUUGAAAUUGUUGUAUGUUGUGUUUUAUAUUUUUGUUCAGUGUAGUUCAAAUUAGUAUAAGAUUACUAGUCUCACAUUGCUAGACAUUACACCAUAUUCUCUAGCCGGGGUUUAGGCUAUAAGACCACUAAGGCAGAGUCACAUUCACUUGAAAUGGAUGCCUUAAAAGGGCAUAGAUGAUUUACAUGUUUAUGUGUUUAUGAGCAUUCCAAUAACUCCUUGUCUUUCCUUCCCAGAAGGAGGAAGAAGAUGAGGACAACCGAUUAUCAGAGGAGGCGGAGCAAUACUUUGAAGAGAAUCAAGACGAGAAGAUCCAAGGACCACUGACGGAUCAGCCAGAGGGAACCGCCCCCCACGCCACUGUCACCUAUCAGGUUGAGAAUGAGCCUGAGGCCACACCCACUGCCAUUAGAGUUCCCGCCAUCGUCACGACAACAGACUGAUUUCUGGAGUGACAGUUAUGUGUUGUGCAGGUUUUUUUGUUUUCAUUUGUCAAGGAGGAGGGGGAGCACUAGUGUCUGUCUCUCAAGGCACUUGUUUGGUUGUGGCUACAAAAGAGACAUCUAUAAGCCUGGGAGUCAGACCUGUUACGGUUUUAGCCCACUCCACUGUCGUUGUCAUGCCAUUGAUACCAAACUAUAAAGAACAAUGACAUGAUAACAACAAAGGACAAUGAUAUGAUAGUGACAAAGAUAUUGUCAUGUUUGUAAUCAAACACAUAGGAGUUGGUUAAAGCAGCAGCUGAUCCGACUACAAGGGCUAGCCUUCAUUGGGCAGUGCAGUGCCACUGUCUUUCUGUGGAUUUAUAGUGCAGGCACAGUGUGGUACGAUAGCAGUACUGUAUUGUUAACUAUACAGUAUGUGUCUCCAGUGGCCUUACCCCUAACUGG